AUGGAGGACGUGGACGUGAAGGCCUGCUCGGGCUCCAGCCCCGUGACCGCCAGCGCCAUGGCGGCCUCGUACAACGACCAGAUCCGCCCGCUGCUGGACGCCGUGGACCGCCUGCGGCAGCUGAAUGUGAGCCAGGAGGGCAUCCAGCUCCCGACCAUCGUCGUCGUCGGCGACCAGUCCAGCGGCAAGUCCAGCGUGCUGGAGUCGCUGGCCGGCAUCAGCCUCCCGCGUGGGCAGGGCAUCUGCACCCGCGUGCCGCUCGUCAUGCGGCUGCAGGACGGCAACGAGCCCGAGCUGCGCAUCGAGUUCGGCAGCGGCAGCUCGGUGACCAUCGCCUCCGAGGCGGAGGUCGCAGCCGCCAUCGACGCCGCGACAGCUGAGAUCGCGGGAUCCGGCAAGGGCAUCUCGGACGCGCCCAUCACCCUCGUCGUGCGAAAGAAGGGCGUGCCCGACCUCACCCUCGUCGACCUGCCGGGCAUCACCCGCGUGCCCGUGCAGGGCCAGCCCGAGGACAUCUACGACCAGAUCGCCAGGAUCAUCAGGGCCUACAUCACGCCCAGGGAGAGCAUCAUCCUCAACGUCCUCUCCGCCACGGUGGACUUUCCGACGUGCGAGUCCAUCCGCAUGUCGCAGCAGGUGGACCGCAGUGGCGAGCGCACGCUCGCGGUGGUCACAAAGGCCGACAGGGCCCCCGAGGGCCUGCUGGAGAAGGUCACCAUGGACGACGUCCACAUCGGCCUGGGCUACGUAUGUGUCCGUAACCGCAUCGGCGACGAGACAUACGAGGAGGCGCGAGUGGCCGAGCGGCGGCUGUUCGUGGAGCACCCUCUGCUCUCCCGGAUCGACAGGUCAAUGGUGGGCAUCCCCACGCUCGCUGGGAGGCUCACGCAGAUUCAGGCGUCCAUCAUCGGCCGGUGCCUCCCCGACAUCGUCAAGCAGAUCAACGACAAGCUCAGCCGCAGCAGCGACGAGCUCGGCCAGAUGCCUCCGGACCUCAACACCGUCGCAGACGCGGUGAGGGAAUUCUACCACAUCGUCAAGCAGGUGCGCGCUUCGCUGGAGAAGGUGCUCGUGAGGGGCGAGUUCGACGAGUACCCAGACGACCGCAGGCGCCACGGCACCGCGCGCAUCGCCGAGAUGCUCGAAUCCUACGCGAGCAAGCUGCCCGCCGCCGCCCAGUGCUCGACGAGCGACGACGUUGUCGGCGAGCCAUUCCUGGCGGAGGAGAUGCGAGUCCUGGAGGAGACAAAGGGCAUCAAGCUCCCCAACUUCCUGCCACGGUCCGCGCUCCUGGUGCUGCUCAGGAAGAAGCUGGAGAGCGUCGCGCACGUCCCGCACGGCCUCGUCACCCAGGUGUGGGGCUACGUGGAGGAGUUGGUCUUGGGGAUCCUGCAGCACCACUCGCGCAGCUACCCACAGGUGCAUCCGUCCUGCCGCCGCGCCGUCGAGAGCCUCAUGGACAAGGCGAGGGCGCGGUCGGCGCAGCACGUCGCGGAGCUCAUCGACAUGGAGCUGGUGGCCGACUACACGGCGAACCCGGACUACACGAUGAAGUGGAACGACAUGAUGGCGACGGAAGGCCAUGCCAGGUUCCUCCAAGCCGUGGAGGACCACUCGAAGCCCGCCGUGGUGGAACUGCCGGGAUUUGGCGAGGUGGACGUGUCGCACCUCAGGCUGCAGCAGCAGCAGCAGAAGCUCGCCGGGCAGGCCUUGGACUUGAAGGCACGCCUGGCCGCGUACUGGAGCUGCGUCGUGCUCCGCCUCGUGGAUGGCCUGGCGCUGCACGUCCUCUACAGUGUCAAGCGUCUCGUGGAGAAAGAUCUGGAGGAUGAGCUCGCAGCCCAGGUUCUGGGCAGCAACAUGGACGGAGUGGAGCGGAUGCUGGUGCCAACGCCGGCCACCGCCGCCAAGCGUGACCGCCUCAGGAAAAGCAUCUCGCUGCUCCGGGAGUGCAGGGAACUCGUCGCCAACACUAUGGACAAAAUUAACGCCGCCAGCAGUGAUCGCUGCUUCUAG